AUGGCAGCAACUCCUACCCAAGUCAACCAUAUCGGAGAUCUCUUGUCUCGAGCGCAUGGCAGGGUACUCGAGCUCGGUCCUGGAAGUGGUGAUCAGAUGUAUCACUACAGUCCGGGAAAUGUUGAGAAGCUGUAUGCAGCAGAGCCAAAUGCCUUUCUCCAUCCCAGACUGCUCCAGAUGGCAGCCAAGCACGACCUGGCUGGGAAAGUUGUCCUGCUCGAAGCUGGAGGCCAACCAGGAAGUCUCCUGCCCGCACUGAAGCAACAAGGUCUCCUGUCCAGCACAACAUCAAGCCUACCUGAGCAGGGUGUUUUCGAUACAGUGGUCACGAUCAAAUCUUUGUGCUCCCUUCCACAGAGUCAACUCACAGCUACCAUCGCCGUCGUGCAGGCUCUAUUAAAACCUGGUGGCCAGUUUUUGUUCUUUGAACAUGUGGAGAACAACACGGACAGCAUCACCAAAAUGUAUGUUUGGUUGGUUGAAUGGGUUUGGCCUGCUCUUAUGGGAGGAUGCCGCUUGAACGGGAAGAUAGAUAAGGUUGUUCUGGGUAUGGGUGGUUGGGACGAGAGAAGGAUCAGUACUGUUGGUGAUUUCAAGGGACACGAGGUCUUUCGAUAUGUGAAGGGAAUGGCAACCAAAGCUUGA